UAAUCUCAUGCAUUUAAAAAAAAAAAUGACAAUAACUGUACUAUUUUUUCGAUUUUCCCCGAUUGAGUUCUUCUUGUAAUAGUAAAAUAAAGCUUCCUAAAAAAAAAAAAAAAAAAAAAAAAGGAUUGUAAUGAAAUAGUCAAAAUUGGAAAAAGUCGUUAAACUGUAUAACCAAAAACCUUGUUCUUGAAAAACCCCCAUAAAAUCUCCAUGUUAAUAUUCGUAGGACGAUAGAUGAGUAUAGCUACUUACUACGUGUAACGUGUAACUGAUUACGAUUACUGGUGUUAUUUUAUGUUCAAGAUACUUUCAGGAGGACUGCGGCUAUUUAAAAUGUCUGCAAAGCAGAAAUUCGAAGUUUUAUUUAUUUUGGGUGGUCCUGGUGCGGGUAAGGGAACAUUGUGCAGGUACAUCACUAAAAAAUAUGGUUAUGUCCAUUUGUCAGCUGGAGAUUUGUUAAGAGAGGAACGUAUGAAACCGAAUUCAAAGUACGGAGAACUUAUCGAAAAUUAUAUCAAAGAUGGAAAAAUUGUGCCAGUCGCAAUUACUUGCAGUCUUCUAGAUAAUGCCAUGCAGACCAGUAAUAGUCCGCAUAAAAGGUUCCUGAUUGAUGGUUUUCCAAGAAACCAGGACAAUAUUGAUGGUUGGAAUGAGGCAAUGUCAGAAAAAUGUGUAAUAAAAGGAGUAUUGUUCUGUGAAUGUAGUAAAGAAGUAUGUACCCAGAGAUGUUUAAAACGUGGUGCAGCAGGAAGUGGAAGGUCUGAUGACAAUGAGGAAGUUCUAGUCAAAAGACAUGAAACUUACAUCACACAUACAUUGCCUAUAAUUGAGUAUUUUGAGAAGCAAAACUUGGUAUACAAAGUUAAUAGUAUGCAAUCACCAGAUGAAGUAUUCGAAGAUGCUAAAGAGGUUCUAUCUAAAAUUGGAUGGUUAUGAAUUAGUAGGGAAUGUUAAUUGAUCUCAGUGAGAUCAAGUUAUAAUCCAUUUGCAUUUAAUGUUAUUUUAUAAAAGAAAAAAAAUGUACAUAUAUAUAUGUAUUGUAAGAAAAUUUAAUUCAUACUAUUCCAAAUAUUAUAUUUAUACCGUUUUUAAUUAUAUGCUAGGAAUACUAAUUUGCUUUGGUUUCAAUAUAUACCUUUAGUAUUUUUUAGUUUCUUAGUACAGGUAGCAUAAUGAUCCAUAUGCAUACUUCUUUAACAUUACAGCAAUUUUAUACAAGAAUCUAUAAAUAUUUUAUUGCGAUUUUUAUUAUUAUCUAUAUGGGAGAGCAUUUGUAAUACAUUUGAUAUUGUUUAAAAUGCUUGUACUGUUCUCAUUUGAAUGAAAUGUAUUAUACUAUAUAAAAUAUAUUUUUGCUGCAAA